AUGUCAACCUUCUUCAAAGCCGAGUCGCCAACACAGGCGGAUUUGAAUGACAAGAACACGGCCUCGGAUUCCGACAGCCAGUCCAAAGGCAAAACAUCAAAACCUUCCAGCGAGAAAGAGAGUACCCUGGUCGAUGAGCCUAUCAGAAACUCCACGACCGAUGAUGCUAGCAGAGACGCGAACCCCAAUAACUCCUCUAGGGAAGCCGUUCCCAACGAAAACUCGAAUAAAGAGACGCUGCCUAAAGACGAGUCCGACAAACAGUCUGCCAAUGAAGAUGCAAACAAGGAGGGUACAGACACCGAUACUGUUCCCCAUGAUGACGACGCCGAAUACCCAUCUUCAUGGAGAUUGGCCUUCAUUACCAUUGCGCUAUGCCUCUGCGUGUUCUGCGUGGCCCUGGAUAAUACGAUUAUUGCGACGGCUAUUCCCAAAAUCACCGACCAGUUCAACUCCCUCCAGGAUGUCGGCUGGUAUGGUAGUUCGUACCUGCUGACCACUUGCUCCGUGACUCUGAUGUUCGGCAAAUUCUACACCUUCUAUUCGAUCAAGUGGAUUUAUUUGCUUGCCCUCUCUAUCUUCGAAGUCGGCUCCUUGGUCUGUGGCGUGACGCCGACCUCGGUCGGACUGAUCUGUGGCCGUGCCAUUGCCGGCCUGGGAGCUGCCGGGUUGUUCUCGGGGUCGAUUCUCAUCAUCAGUCAGAGUGUGCCAUUGGUUAAGCGACCUAUGUACACGGGUCUGGUUGGCUCGAUGUUUGGCAUUGCCAGUGUUGCCGGUCCUCUAAUGGGAGGUGCCUUCACUGACCACCUGACCUGGCGCUGGUGCUUCUACAUCAACUUGCCCAUCGGAGCCGUCACUUUCUUCUUCAUCUUAUUUUUCUUUAAGGCACCCAAGCCCAUCAAGACCAAGACUGGAUGGAAGGGCCAGCUGGCCGAGUUUGACCUUCUCGGGUCCCUUUUCUUCUUGCCGGCGAUCAUCAGUCUGCUGCUGGCACUGCAAUGGGGCGGCACCAGAUACCCAUGGGGAAACGGACGCGUCAUUGCGCUCUUCGUGGUGUUUGGCGUGCUGAUUCUGGUCUUCAUUGGCCUGCAAUACUGGGGUCAAGACCGUGCUACGGUGCCGCCGCGUCUGAUCAAGAACCGCAACGUGUGGGGUGCUGCCUGGUAUGCCCUGGCCAUCGGUGCGGCGUUUUUCGUCCUGACCUACUAUCUCCCCAUUUGGUUUCAGGCAAUCAAGGGCGCCACGGCUAUGAAAUCAGGAAUCAUGAAUCUGCCAAUGAUCAUCGCGGUCGUGGUAGUCUCUAUCCUAGCAGGUGGUCUUGUUACUGCGUGUGGCUACUAUACACCCUUCAUGAUCGCCUCGUCAGUCAUCAUGACAAUCGGUGCCGGGCUCCUCACUACGCUAAAGACCGACUCGGGCCACCCUGAAUGGAUCGGGUACCAGGCACUGUUCGGUAUCGGACUGGGUCUGGGCAUGCAGCAACCGAUGAUCGUGGCACAGACUGCACUCAAGGUCGAGGAUGUGCCCAGCGGCACAGCAAUCGUGAUGUUCUCGCAGACGCUCGGCGGCGCGGUCUUCGUGUCCGUCGCCCAAAACGUGUUCCAGAACCAACUCGUCCAGAACUUCGCCCGAUAUGCUCCGGAUGCCAAUGCCCCCAAGCUCAUGUCCGCUGGGGCCACGAUGUUGCGGUCCGUUGUGUCUGGGUCGCAGCUGCAGCGAGUGGAAUUUGCGUACAAUGAUGCCAUCACGCAGACCUUUUAUGUUGCCGUGGCCAUGGGCGCCCUGUCGUUAGUUGGGCCCAUUUUCAUUGAGUGGAUCUCGGUCAAGGGCAAGAAGGUCGAGGUGGCGGCAGUUUGA